CUAGUUUGCACUGUGGUUGUACAUAAACGAUGUCACGAAGAGGUUGUGUGGAAAUGUCCGGGCAAUAAAGCGGACGCUGUGCAAGAGAUCAACCGUGAAGUGGUCGAGACUGGAAUGGGGCGGUUCAACAUCAACAUGCCCCAUCGUUUCUCGGUCCAUUCCUACAAACGUCCGACAUUUUGCGAUCAUUGCGGUUCAAUGCUCUAUGGCCUAAUCAAUCAAGGGCUGCAGUGUUCGGUUUGUAAGCUGAACGUGCACAAACGCGGAAUGUUGCCAAUAACUUGCGGUAUCAAUGCCAAACAGAUGGCUGCCGAAUUAGCGCAGUUGGGCCUGACCGGUGACAAGAUGAGCAUCCGCAGUAAAAAGAAGCCAUCUAUUAUGACCGACACGAGCACAGAUCAGACGAGUACCGGUACCUCCGACUCCGGAUCAGCAUAUUUGACACAAAUAUCUGAAGAGGAGCCGGCAAAAUCACCACGGCCACCCGGUGGCACGCUAUCGAUUCAGGACUUUGUUUUCAUCAAAGUUCUUGGCAAAGGAUCUUUUGGCAAGGUGAUGUUGGCUGAGCGACGCGGUUCGGAUGAGGUGUACGCCAUCAAAAUCCUCAAGAAGGACGUGAUCGUACAGGACGACGACGUCGAGUGCACCAUGUGCGAGAAGCGGAUUCUCAGCCUGGCCGCCAAACAUCCAUUCCUCACCGCCCUUCACAGCAGUUUUCAAACACCUGAUCGUUUGUUCUUCGUGAUGGAGUAUGUGAACGGUGGCGAUUUGAUGUUCCAAAUACAACGAGCACGUAAAUUUGACGAACCACGGGCUCGAUUCUAUGCGGCCGAAGUCACAUGUGCAUUACAAUUUCUGCACCGUAACGAAGUCAUCUACAGAGAUCUCAAAUUGGAUAAUAUUCUUCUGGACGCCGAAGGACACUGUCGGCUCGCCGAUUUCGGUAUGUGUAAAGAAGGCAUCACCAAGGAUAAUCUGACCAGCACAUUUUGCGGCACUCCUGACUACAUUGCGCCGGAAAUUCUUCAAGAGCUUGAGUACGGCGUAUCAGUUGAUUGGUGGGCGUUAGGGGUGUUGAUGUAUGAGAUGAUGGCCGGCCAACCGCCGUUCGAAGCCGACAACGAAGAUGAUCUUUUUGAGGCGAUCCUGAACGACGACGUGCUUUAUCCGGUGUGGUUGUCGAAAGAAGCAGUCAACAUUUUGAAAGCAUUAUUUUGCAAAAAUCUUCGAACGUCUUGGUUUUUUGUGCUGCAGUUCGGCGGAGAGGAUGCAUUCUGUGCAUCCGUUCGUUUUAAAUCGAUUUGGGACGCCUUAGUAAGCGUUCGUGGUAAAAACCACAUUCAACCGAAUUGUGAGUUUCAGUUUCGAUUUGUGUUCAAGUCAAAACGUGAUGUGAACAACUUUGACGCCGACUUUACCAAAGAGGAGCCGGUAUUGACACCGACUGACGUGGCCGUUGUACGGUCGAUCAAUCAAGAAGAAUUCCGCGGAUUCUCUUUCGUUAAUCCACAUUUUGUUUAU